GACGCGCUUCACCGCAGCAACGGGCCAGCGGCCGCUUGUGCUUGUGCUUUCCUGGACAUGAGCUGCCACAUCCAGCUGUCAUCCAACCCUGGCUCGCGUCAGCAUACCCGCCCGCCCUAUACCACUGCACCCCCCCUUGAUUCAUGCGCUGGACGUAGCACCCGCCUACCAUGUCUGCUCAGCGCCCCCUCCAUUAUGACGCAUCACAGCCAUUGUAUGGCAUAUCAUUCUCCAACUCUACGUCCCACCCAUUCCGUACAGCGCUCUCCACAAUCACGACCGGCCUCAGCAACAAGCUGUGCAUCGUCGACCUCACUUCUUCUCCGAACACCUCUCAAUCCCAGUCACCCUACUACUCACAGCACAAUGGUACUUCCAAUAAUGGGGCUGCACCAGAGUUCAGUCAGAUGACUCAAACUUCGUUGAAUGUACCGGCUACCAAAGUUGCCUGGGAGCCCGGGGAGAGUCUGAGGCUGGACGAAGGCGGUCGCGGCGAGCUGGUCGCCAGCAGCGGUGAUGUGUUGCAUAUAUGGGAAGUUGCGGAGGAGCACGAAAGGGGAGGAGGUGGCUAUGUGGGAAAUGCUUAUGGAGGUGGAAGCUCGUGGUCGAUGAAGAAUCGGAGUGUCUUGAGCAAUGCCAAAGGAGCCCACGGAAGUUCACCUCCAAUAACAUCUUUCAGCUGGAACCGCAAAUCUCCCAAUAAACUCGUUUCCUGCUCUAUAGACACCACCGCGACACUCUGGGACAUCAACACCUCACAAGCCAUGACGCAGCUCAUCGCGCAUGAUCGGGCUGUGUAUGACUUGUCGUGGUUGCCGGAUUCUUCUGAUAUCUUUGUGAGCGUCGGAGCGGAUGGGAGCUUGAGGGCGUUUGAUUUGAGGCAACUGGAGCAUUCGACCAUUCUGUACGAGUCGGCAAACGAUGCGCCGCUUGCCCGGAUAGCGUUCAGUCAAAAGGAGCAGUAUGUCUCGGCUUUGGCGUUGCAUUCCUCGUCCCUGACCCCAUCACAGGCAUAUGCUGGCAUGCUUUGGCCUGGACGACUCCAAGGUGCUCAUCCUCGACAUGCGAUCGCCAGGCAAACCUGUCGCUGAGCUUGUCGGGCACCAAGCACCUCUUGGCGCCCUCGCGUGGGGCGCCACAGGACCGUCGAGCAGAAGUGAUACCACGGGAGGCGGCUGGCUGGCCAGUUGUGGUGACGACUCUCAACUGUUACUAUACGACCUCACAGCCCCCAUUUCCUCCUCCCGCCCAGCCUCCCGAUCAAACUUCAAACCACCCCCUGCCAAUCCCUCUCCAUACUCCGCCCUCUCUCCUUCUGCCACCCCCGCAUCGCAAAGGACACCAAGUCCCGCAGACGCAGUAGAGAUCCUGCCGAGCAAGGGGUGGACAGCAAGAGGGGAGGUGAAUAAUCUGGCUUUCACAAACAGUGGCGAUUGGUUGGGAUGUGUCAGCGGGAAUAGGAUGAGCGUUUUGCCAGUAUAGUGUGUAGAGUGUAUCAAUCGGGCAAGAACGCUGGGGUGGCAGAAGAAAGAAGUCAGAAGUGACGGGGACGACGUUAUGAAUCAACAAAACGACCUAGGAUAACGACCUAGGAUCUAUAGAUCUGCGCAUGUGUUCAUAGUCUUCUUAUAUAUAUACCCCCAUUCGUUUCUCGCACAUAGGUGUGAUAUGGCUGAAUUGGAUGUGAAUGACAUGCAAGCAUGGAAGA